CUUUUCCCGAUCGAUGGGUGUCCAGUUGAGGAGAUGCGCCUCUCUGCGCAUGAGGCCGUCGUCUGGCCGGACCCAGCGGUGGCGGUGCUGGCGCCUGGCAAUCGUGUCCGUGUGCUGCGCGUCGGCGCACCUCUGCACCGAGACGUUGCAGUGGAGCUCCGUCACGGCCACCGCUACAUUGAUGCUUGCUACUGGAACAACCAUACACAAAUCUUUCCUUGUGCCUUUGAUUGCUUUACAAGCACCUUCUAGCGCCAUCUCAUGGAUCAAGGGUGAUUACGGUCAGCGGAUUGCUUUUCUCGGUCUUCUUGUGCGUUUGUUAUACUUCAUUCCAGGUGAAGUGGAGCUUCUUUUAUCAACAAUGCUGCUUGUUAUAAUCGCUCCUUACCAAUUUCUGAACUUGAGAGGGUCUCAAGGUGGUGCAAUAUUGUCCUCGGCAAUAGCGGCCUAUCUCGCGUUUCAGCAUUUCACCGGCUUGGGAGGCUUCAGGAAGGCCUUUGACCGUGAAGCGAUAAUUGCCACCCUGUGCAUCGUCUGCAUGACAGUUAUCACCCUGAUGCUGGCGUUCUGAUC